AUGUUAAAAACGGCAAAUGCGUCCUUCAUGCUUGGCACGUCAUCAUGGAGAGAGCAGUUCAUGGAUGCCUUAACUGUUAGUGCAGGGGACGAAGAAAAAUCGAAGAUGAGUGCAUCAAAUGAACCGGGAUGUUUCGACUAUUUCAUGCAUUUCUUGGCUGUACCUUGGAAGCUGAUCUUCGCAGGAAUACCACCUACAGAUUAUUGGGGUGGUUGGGCAUGCUUCGUUGUUUCAAUCAUCAUGAUCGGUGUGUUGACUGCAUUGAUCGGCGAUUUGGCAUCUCAAUUUGGUUGUUGGGUUGGUCUCAAGGACGCUGUCACGGCUAUUUCUUUCGUAGCGCUCGGAACGUCUGUUCCAGAUACGUUUGCCUCAAAGGUGGCCGCGAUUCAGGAUAAAUAUGCUGAUUCGUCGAUCGGAAACGUGACCGGUUCGAAUGGAGUCAAUGUUUUCCUUGGAAUUGGCAUCGCAUGGUCACUCGCCGCAGUUGUGCACUGGUUUAGGGGUGACGAAUUCCGCGUGGAUCCUGGAACGCUGGCAUUCUCUGUGACCAUCUUCUGCGUUGAAGCGAUCAUUUGUAUCACGGUGAUCAUCCUGAGGAGGCAUCCAUCUAUUGGUGGUGAACUUGGUGGACCAAUGAAAUACAAGAUCAUGACUUCUGGGCUCUUCUGUACGCUUUGGUUGACGUAUUUGGGACUAUCGGCGCUCGAAUCCUACUGUGUCAUAGCUGGAUUCUAG